AACUGGCUCACGGUUGCCGGGGAAACAACAUUCUAGAAUCCGCAGAGGGUGCCGUGGGUCCCGGGAGAAGGAGUGGUGAAGACGCCGAAGGCUGCUUCCGCGGAGAAAGUUUGUGACGUAGGGUGUGGAGUAGGGAAGGUUCGGGCUCCGCUCCUUCGCACAGAAUUACGUUACAUGCACAACUGUCCUGGACUGAAAUUUGGUUCAGCAAAUUCAGAAGUAGGAUUUCAAUGGAUAUUAUAAGGGGAAACUUGGAUGGAAUUUCACGACCAGCAUCAAAUUCAAGAAUUUAUCCUGAGAGCAGAAGUUCAAGUGCUUCUUUAGAAGUCUUGACACCAGAACCAGUGUCUAUUAAGGUUGAUACUUCAAUCAACUCGAACAAUAAUAAUCAGCAGAAUAAUAAAGAAAAUUGUACUUUCAGGGAAAGUAGCAGCAAUAAUGAUGUUUCCAAAAUAAAAGAAACAGAUCAACAACUUAAGGAAGCUGUUAAAAAGAUGAAGAGACUCGACAAGCUAUUGGUGGAGAAACAAUUUAAAGAGAAAGAAAUUAAGAAGCAAGGCCAAGAAAUGAGAACAAAGCUGUGGGAAGAACUUCGGAGAACUCCUAAGACUAUCAAAACUUUUGAUGUCAUACAGAGUAAUGAGGAGAUAGAAAAUACCAAAAAAUUUGUGAGUCUGGCUGCUUCUUCAGAAGGGACAACUGAUCCUUUUCACCCGGAACAAGAGGAUUCCUUUGUUUCUGUGUUUCACACGCAAAUUCCUGCUGAAGAGUAUGAAAACUGUAUUGAACAAGUCAGGAAAGAGUCUGUAUAUCAAAGUGAAAAUAAUAAAUCAUUGGUCAAAUCAGAAAAGAAGCCACAGAGAGAAAACUGCGGUGAAUUCAAGGGUAAAAAAAAUCAGGAUUUCAUUAAGAAAAAUAUAGAGCUGGCCAAGGACUCAAAAAGUUUAGUCUUCAUGAUGGAUAAAGAAAAACGAAGAUUGAUUGAAUUAUUAAAGGAUAUAGACAGUGGAGAAGAUGUACUUCCAAGUACUGAGGAUGGGGAGUCUGCCUGGCUCAUAUCAGAAAAAGGAUAUAUGUCUGCAGCACAUAUAGAGCGUGAGCAACUAGCUCAAAUAGAUUCCAAACUGCAAGAAAAAUUCUUUUUAACUUCCUUGGGGUUAUCCGAUGAUUUUUCAGGAGUGGACAAUCAGACUGGUCAGGAAACUGUUUUUAAAGACAAUACACUAGUGAAAGUGACUCCAGGGGAUAAGAUACUUCAAAGCACCAAAGAACACCGGAUAGAAAAAAAUCGGCUCAAAGAGAUAGAUCAGCAGCUGAAAGAGCUGGAGGAAGAUUUUGUGAAAACACCACGAGUUCUCUCUGAAGAGCAGCUGAAGACUCUUCUAGAGGAAUGCAUAUUGGAACAAAGAUCAGAAAAGGAAAGCAGAGAUGCUGAUGGAGUACAGCCUGAAUCCAUGCAGCCUUCCAAAUCCUUCAUCGCCCAGUUGUUAAGUGUGUUACCAGCUCUCAGCAGUCCUGAGGUUGAGAAUGAAGAUUUCCUUGAAAAUGGAGAAUGUGAAACACCUGGCUAUUAUCUUACCAAAGCAUUGGGGAAUCAACAUCACAUUGCAGAAUUUUUGGUCACUGAGACAAAGGAAGGGGAGAGCCCUUGGCCUCCAGGGAAUGUAGAUUCUGGUGACGUAGAACAUUACUUUAUGUCAAAAACCCUCGGCAUUGGAAGGCUAAAAAGGCCUUCUUUCUUGGAUGAUCCUUUAUACUGUGUGGACAAUAGCCCAUCAUCUGAGGAUGAGAAUCUGAAACUGAUUGAUUUUUCCAAUGAAAGCCCACCAAAUCCUGAUGAAUUAACAACAGAAGUCAAGACAGAAGAAGAAGAGGAAGACAGAGAUUCCUAAGGAAAACAAACUGUUAGGAUGUACUUUAGACUCUAGACUAGUAAAUCUAGUUGAAAGGCAAGCUUUUUUUCCAUAUGAUUGACUUUACUACAUCAUUGAAUUCAGGGAAGGCUUCCCUCAGUGCUGAAUGUAUUAAUGUCUUUUUAUCUUCAUUUGUUUGUAAAAUUAAUUAAUUCACUUUUGUUAUAAUUUAAGUAUGUGAACUCUC